AUAUUGGCUCAGUUUGGAGUAGUUGCUCGGCCCCUCAGUCUGCGCGCUUUUUGUUGCUCGCCAUGGGAGCACAGCUUGCAAGGCUACUUCCAAUGGCCUGUGUCACUGUGAAUAGUGUUGCCGUCCUGCGUGGCUUGUCGCUUUACGGAAGUCUGCCUGCUGACGCCAUGGUUCCAAUGAAGUUUGGGAUCUUUGGAGAAGUGAAGUGGUCUGCAUCCAAGCCAUGGUUCUUUAUCUACCCAGGUGUCUGCCUCAUGCUGGGCUUGAUGCCCUUCUACAACAACUCGGCACAAGUGCCACAGUGGGUGACACACCCUGAGAUCUACAAGGCCAUCAUGGACGCAGCGGCCGACGCCGUAGGCCUCACUACGGGGGCGUUUAUGCUGCUGGUCAUGGAGCAGCUGCCGCUCAUCGCUAGGCAUGAUCAAAGCGGGCUGUUGCCGGACUAUCUCACGAUGAGUUAUUUGGCGCUGCUAUUUGGCUCGCUGGCUUCUGCUGCUGUCGCUGCACAUCAGCUGGCGUGAAACAGAGCGAGCGAGCGAGCGAGCUCAGACGCUCGAUGUUCGAAGCAAUGGGGACGUUUGCCUGCCCCAAGAUACAUGUACAGCUGCCUUUUGGGAAGCGCCGCUUUCCCGUUUCCUACACUGUCGGCCCACCAUGCGGCUGCUGGACACUUGUUCCGCCUCCAAUGAACGGCAUGUUUGCUUUCUAGAUCAGUACAGGACACCGCAGUGCCAAAAAGAACAAUUGGAUGACAUGUAGCAUAGUGUAGCGCCUCUGUCUUCCUUCCCAUGGGCCUUGCCAAUCUUGCCUGUCUUGCCCAUUUUGCCCAUGCACAAUUAUGCUUUGGAGCGAGCAAAAGAAUCGUCAGGCGUCUAAUUCACAGUACCAAGGCCACGAAAACAAGGCGUGUCAGCUC